CAUGCCCAGAUAAAAUGUAUUUGGCCUCGAAAGUGUAAGAGUCCUCCCCCGCAUCCAGGCUGGAGUUGGUUUGAUCCUACAUGGCGUAAAGUUUCCUUCCGUAUUGAGCGCAGUGUGAGCCUGACGCAAAGAGGAGAGGCGAAGAGUGUCAACAUGGCAGACAUGGACGCUGAGACCACCGCACACACCAAGCCCAUGGCAGAUGAAGAAGAGCCUCUUUUCAGCAACCUGGACCUCUUCCUCUUUUCCCUAAUAGUUGGUCUUGUCAUUUAUUGGUUCAUGUCCCGUAAGAAGCCUGAGCCCAUUCCUGAGUUCAAGAAGCUCGACACACCAGCACCCACCACAAGAGAGACGAGUUUCAUUGAGAAGAUGAAGAAAACGGGCAAGAACAUCAUUGUGUUCUACGGCUCCCAGACGGGCACAGCAGAGGAAUUUGCCAACAGGCUGUCCAAAGAUGCUCAGCGCUAUGGCAUGAAAGGAAUGGCUGCCGAUCCAGAGGAGUAUGACAUGGGUGAGCUGUCCCGUCUGUCCGAGAUUAAAAACUCCCUCGCCAUAUUUUGCAUGGCCACCUAUGGUGAGGGAGACCCAACAGAUAACGCCCAGGACUUCUAUGACUGGCUGCAGGAAAAUGAUGAUGAAGACCUCUCGGGACUGAACUACACUGUAUUUUCUUUGGGCAACAAGACUUAUGAACACUACAAUGCAAUGGGGAAAUACGUCGACAAAAGGCUGGAAGAACUGGGAGCCAAGCGCAUCUUUGACCUUGGUUUGGGAGAUGACGAUGGCAAUCUGGAAGAGGAUUUCAUUUCAUGGAGAGAGCAGUUCUGGCCAGCAGUCUGUGAGCACUUUGGAGUGGAAGCCUUGGGAGAUGAAUCAAGCAUACGGCAGUACGAGCUGAAGGAGCACACUGACAUCAACAUGAACAAAGUAUACACAGGAGAGAUUGGCCGCCUGAAGAGUUUUGAGGUCCAAAAGCCGCCCUUUGAUUCGAAAAACCCUUUCCUGGCUCCGGUCACUGUGAACCGCAAACUCAACAAAGCUGGUGAUAGACAUCUUAUGCACCUGGAACUUGACAUAACAGGCUCCAAGAUCAGAUAUGAGUCGGGAGACCACGUUGCUGUUUUCCCCACUAAUGACUCUGCGUUGGUAAACAAGCUGGGACAAAUCCUUGGAGUGGACCUUGAUGUGGUUAUCUCUCUCAACAACCUUGAUGAUGAGUCCAACAAGAAACACCCUUUCCCCUGCCCCACCACCUACCGCACAGCCCUCACUCACUACCUGGACAUCACACACCCCCCUCGCACCAACGUCCUCUACGAGUUGGCACAGUACGCCACUGACCCCAAAGACCAGGAGAACAUGCGCAAGAUGGCCUCCUCCUCCCCUGAGGGCAAGGCACUCUACCAGAGCUGGGUGUUGGAUUCCACUAGAAACAUCCUCGCCAUCCUGGAGGAUAUGCCCUCUCUGAGGCCUCCCAUUGACCACCUGUGUGAGCUGCUGCCUCGUCUCCAGGCUCGUUAUUAUUCCAUCGCCUCUUCCUCUAAGGUUCACCCCAACAGUAUCCACAUCUGCGCCGUUGUGGUGGAGUACAAGACCAAGACUGACCGCAUCAACAAAGGAGUUGCCACCAACUGGCUGAAGAACAAACUGGUUUGUGACAACGGCCAUAAGUCCACCGUUCCCAUGUACAUCCGCAAGUCUCAGUUCCGCCUGCCCUUCAAAGCCACCAACCCAGUGAUCAUGAUCGGCCCUGGGACGGGAAUCGCUCCCUUCAUGGGCUUCAUCCAGGAGAGGGGCUGGCUCAAACAGCAAGGAAAGGAGGUUGGAGAGACGGUGAUGUAUUUCGGCUGCAGGCAUAAGAAUGAGGAUUAUAUCUACCAGGAGGAGCUGGAGGAAGCAGAGAAGAAUGGAGUCCUAACACAGCUCAGUGUUGCCUUCUCCAGAGACCAGGAGCACAAGGUAUACGUGCAGCACCUCCUGAAGAAAAAUAAGGAGCACCUCUGGAAGCUGAUCCACUCAGAAAAUGCUCAUAUCUACGUCUGCGGGGAUGCGAGGAACAUGGCUAAGGAUGUGCAAACCGCCUUCCAUGAGAUUGCAGAAGAAUUGGGAGGCAUGAUGCGCACCCAGGCCACAGAUUACAUCAAGAAACUGAUGACCAAGGGACGCUACUCACAAGACGUCUGGAGUUAAAAAGCUGCAAACUCAGCCUCAUUCUCACUACUCAAGUGGUGGUUUUAAAUUUUCUAUUUUUAUUGUAUGUCUUGUUUUAUCAGGACUAAAUAUAUAUAUAAAAAACAUUUGUUCAUACUCUCCCUGGUUUAUGAAAUCUACAGGUAGCAGAAGAUCAUGAGGCAAACCCUACCUCAGCUGGUUGUAAUAAAUCCACUCAGCAAUUUCAAAAUAUUUCCUAUUUAUGUAUACUACAUUUUGUAUCUGGAACAGCAGCUUGUGUCUGCUGGAGUCCUCACUUGAGCCAUGGUCUCAGACCAAACAACAGUUACCCAGUCAGGUUUCCACAGACCGUUAAGAGAUGCCUAUGAAUGACUGAAUUAGUGUAAUCGUGUGUUCGACUGCAACGAUGGGCCCUCAGAUCAGAUGCAGGAACCCGCUGGCUUGAGUAAAAUAAGAAAGACAAGAUGCAAAUGCAGCAAAUGGUCAUCUUCUUUUCAGAUUAAAUUUUGAUUGGAAACACUUUUUAUAGUAAUGAGUCAAUCAUUAUGGCUGUGCAUCUUUUUAAACUGAUGACGACUCUGAGUACAAAACCCGUCUGUUUAGUGGGACAUUGACACGUUAAUCCCAACCUCUGGAUGUACAUAAUACAACUCCACUGUGAACAUAACGAUAUUUUAGAAAGCAUUGAACUCAUUGAAUUUGCCAUCGUGAGGUGUUUGUAACUUUCUUCCAGCUGAUUAACAGAUCGUAGACGUAACACCACAGCAGAUAAUAUUAGAUCACAUGUCUAAGUGAAUAUAAUGAGAGUUGUGUUCCUGUUGCAGUAUGAACACUCAGAAGCUUUAGACGUGAAAGGGUGCUGACUUUAGUUUCACUCAGAGCUGAUCCAGUAGUACUUAUAAAAGUACAUAAUACUUUAAAUGUUUAAAAAAAAAAAAAACUAUGGGAGGAAAAUGUUUGGUGUAACAAACUGGCAUCAUAGGUACAAUUGUAUGUCUACCUUUGUAUUUUGACAAGGGAUUUUUGCCUUUUAUGCAUAAGUUGCUGUUCAUUUUAA